AUGGCGAGCUGCCGGAGCAGCGCGGCCGUCGCUGCCGCCUUCGUGCUGGUGGCCGUCGGGUGCGGCGUGGUGGAGAGCCGGCGCGUGGCCAGGAUGGGCCUCGGCAUUGACCUGGGCGGCGGGGAGGGCGCCGGGCUCGGCCUCGGCCUUGGUCUCGGCGUUGGGGCGGGCACGGGAGGGGUGUCCGCGUCCGGAUCAGGUUCUGGCUCCGGCUCCGUGGCUGGAGCGGGCUCGACCUCUGAGUCGAGAUCCGGCUCGGUUUCUGUUGGAGGUGCCAGCUCGUCUGCUGGGUCAAGCGCUGGGUCCAACGCCGGAUCGGCCGGGUCAGGGGCGGGGUCUUCCGCCGGUUCGGGGGCGGGUUACGGUGGCGGGCAGGGCUAUGGCGGUGGAGGUGGCGGUGGUUCUGGUUCCGGGUCUGGGUAUGGCGAGGGCGGAGGGUAUGGUCGGGGAGGAUCGGGGAAUGGAUCGGGCUUCGGGUUUGGGGAGGGCCGUGGUUUUGGGUCUGGUUCAGCUGGAAACCCUUGA